AUGCCGGGUUUUGCUCCUACUCCAGGUAGCACGCAGGCGCCAACGCCGACGCCAACGCCGGUGCUGGCGUCGCGGCUGUACGACGUGCGUUGUGCGCGUGACGCCAGCGCAGGUGAGAGAGCUAGGCUGGGCUCGGGGUGCGAGGCCGUAGAUGAAGUGCUAGAGGGGGGCGUGGACGCGGGCGUGGGGGGCUGCGUGGGGAUUACCGGGACGGGGAGUGGGAGUGAGAUGGGGCGGGCGAGGGAGCUCGCCUUCGCCUUCCUGACGACGUUUCUCCUGGCCUCGUCCGCCAACUCCGCCGUCUGGAUCGAUACGACAGGCACGCUCGACGUGCUGCGCUUGUACGACGUCAUUCUCGCGCGGCUGCGGCUUCGGCAGCGCCAUGUCACCUCCACGGACCCGAACCAGGACCAGGAGCAAGAGCAGGAGCAAGAGCAGGCCCUCGAAGCCGCAGCAGUAGCCGCGCUCGACCGCGUCGCGAUUAUGCGGGCGUUUGACUUUGCCGGCGUGGUCGAGGCGGUGGGGGAGGUGCGCGAGCGGCUGGAGGGGGGCGGAGAGGACGUGGCUGUGGCAGUGGCAGUGGCUGAGAAGAGCGAGGGAAUGGUGAAUGAAGAAGAAGAAGAAGAAGAAGAAGCAGAGAAGAAGAGCCAGUCUGUAGAGCGAGCUGAGCCGGCGCGGGAAGAGAGCGCGCGCCGCAGGACGGGCCUGGCGCGCGUGCGGAGCACGAUUGCGGACAGCGAAGACGAGGGGGAGGACGAGGACGAGGACGAGGACGAGAUGCUGCUGGAUGAGGCGUCGGCUGUGUUUGAUGAGCCUGGACACCAUGUCGACAAGAAGGAGCAGCAACAGCAACAACAACAACAGCAGCAAAACACCACCACUUCCCCACUCCCGCCACAAACGCAACCGCAAACGCAAACGCAAACGCAAACCCCAAUCCCACCCCCAGGCCCAAAACCAGGCUUCCUCCUCCUCCUCGACAACCUCGCCCAAGUCACCGCUCCCCAGCUGAAAGCAAACUACGUGCAGACAUCAGCAAACCUAACGCACCUCCUACGCGGCCUCGUCGCGCUGACCCGGGCGCACGCGCUGCGGACGCUGCUGCUGAACUGCACGCAGACGCACUCGCAGCCGCCAGUGCCGCUGCUCGCGCACGUGCUGCCUCGGUUUUUGGAUGUUGAUAUUUUUGUUGGUGUUGGGGGCGGAUUGCAUGUGGGAAAGGGUGGUAGUGCUGGUGCUGGAGGCGAUGGGGUAGGAAGAGAAGGGGAUGAGGUCGAGGUUGUGGUUGUGGGGGAUAGUGAGGAGGUGUGA